UUAGCAUAAGUCUUUUAUAAAAGCAAGUUAACCAAUGACAAACAAAACAGCCAAGAAGAAGACAAAGACAUCAAAAACAAAAAUAUGAGUAACAUAAAAUUUCUUAAGCCUGUUUUAUCCUUUUUCUUCUUCAUAAGCUGCUGUUUUUGCAAACCCUCCCAUUCAUCCAGAGGCAUAGCCAUCUACUGGGGCCAAAACGGCUUCGAAGGUAGUCUCUCCGCCACAUGUGCCACCGGCAGGUAUGCUUACGUCAACAUCGCCUUUCUUGUGAAAUUCGGAAACGGUCAAACGCCGGAGCUCAACCUUGCCGGCCACUGCAACCCUGCGGCUAACACUUGCACCCAUUUUGGCGCUCAGGUCAAAACUUGUCAACGUCGUGGCAUCAAGGUUAUGUUGUCUCUCGGCGGCGCCAUUGGAAACUAUUCAAUCGGGUCUAGGGAAGACGCAAAAAUGGUCGCUGAUUAUUUGUGGAACAACUUUUUGGGAGGGAAAUCAUCGGCACGUCCCUUAGGUGAUGCUGUUCUUGAUGGUAUCGAUUUCAAUAUCGAACUUGGCUCUCCUCAACACUGGGAUGAUCUUGUUAGGUUUCUUUCAAAUUUUAGCCACCGGGGAAGAAAAGUGUACAUAACAGGAGCUCCUCAGUGUCCAUUUCCAGACGAUCUAAUGGGAAGUGCCCUUAAAACUAGACUUUUCGACUAUGUUUGGGUCAUGUUCUACAACAAUCCACCUUGUCAAUACACUUCAGGUGAUACGCAAAGCCUUUUCCAUUCAUGGAAGACGUGGACAACUUCGGUCACUGCCCAAAAAAUCUUUCUAGGUCUCCCAGCGGCUCCUGAAGCCGCUGGAGGUGGAUAUAUCCCAGCGGAUGUACUGGUUUCACAGAUUCUUCCAACUGUAAAGAAGUCACGAAAAUAUGGAGGUGUAAUGCUUUGGUCUAAAUUUUGGGAUGAUAAAAAUGGUUACAGUUCAUCUAUAGUGGCUCGUGUGUGAAAGGAAGCUGAAGUUACCUUUUUAUGCUUUCAGUUCUCUCGUGUUUGGUUUAUGAAGAAUUGUUGUGUGUGUGUGUGUGUGUGUGUGUGUGUGUGUGUGUGUGUGUGUGUGGGGUGCGUGUUGGUAUUUUGAUUUGCAAUGUGUGUAUCAGUAUUAAAUUACGUCAUCAUCAACCUUCAAAUAAUGAAAUAAGGAUUACUUGCUUUUUAGUAUGCACGGAUACUUACUAUAUAUUUCAUAUUAUAUUAUAUGUUUCAGCUCCACAUGGCAUAUAACACCAUUAUUUUGAAGGUUGAUGAUGAAACAUAUAGCAUCAUUAUUUUGAAGGUUGAUGAUGUUCAGCUCCACAUGGCCGACUCCAGUUUUGAAAGAAAAAAGUAUGUAAAAGAUUUGCAAAAUUUAUUUUAAGGCGUUGACGAAUUUGCUUGCAGACUUGAAGUCAAAACUAUUUUAGUUUCAGACGUUUCUCUAGUAUCUUAUAUAAUAAAGGAGACUUUGAUCUCUCCACAUUCAUCCACAUCAGCAGUCACAUAGGGGCAAAACACUCCACGUGUCCAUCUCUUUUACUUUAUGCAGAGUAGUGUAGUCUCUGAUUGUAUUUAUGUGCUACGUUGGUGGUGGGUUUAUAUUUAUGUGCUACGUUGGUGGUGGGUUUAUCAAAGGCAACAUCACUCCACUUAUUCAUCGGUUACUCUCAUUUUCAAUUAGUAAUCGAAUGAAGGAUUCAGCUGUUGAGAUCCAAAAGAAUCUGAGAGGAUUUUAAUUUACGCCAGCGACAAAUUCAGAGACGGAGGAUUUGCUGGGAUGUAAAGAAGGUGAGGUAGAGGAGAAGAGAGAACUCCGGAGGGAGUGAUAUUGGUUGUGAAUCUAUCUGGCGGCGAUGAAGUAGGGGACAGAGAUGAUUGCGAUCGUGGCAGUAAAUUGUCAAGAGUAAUACUGAACAGAUUUUGCCAUGUCUGCACCUGCUAAGAAAAAGUUACACAGAAGCUAAGGAGAAAGAUCUAAUGCUUGGGAUAUGGGUUUCGACUUGGGUGGAGUUUUUGGCAAAUUAUCAUCAUUUAAAAUGGACAUAUCGGACUUUGAUUUCUCAAGCCCAGUCAAGAAAACCACAAAGACGAAAGAAAGGUUAGGCGACUUUGAACUUCAUUCAAGCCCACGGAAGAAGGCAAACGAGAGUACGACGACCAAGUCCACAGAUUUCAAACUCCAAAGAGUUCACUGCUACAAGAAGAAUUAAUAAGUUUGACUCUUUGGACUUUGGUCCAGACUUACCAACAACUAGACAAGCGGCCUCCAGGAGUCCAGAGACAUAUACCUAUGUCAAGGAAAAUAAUUCAGCUUUAAACGUCUACAGAGAGUAUGAGCAGCACACACUGGAAACAAGCUCAUAGUAUUUGCAUUGCAUCACUCGAAUCAAGCUCCAAUAGAGCAUGAAAAUUUCUGAGGAGGUGGAAUCACCUCAACAUCUAACGAUGAGAGCCUCACGAGUUCAUACAAUGCGUGGACAACUUUAGUACACCAACAUUUCACCAUUGAUUAUACCGUAUCCAAAGGUUGAAGAAAAUAGACAGCAUCACCUCGCCAUUACAUUCUUCUGAGACUGUACAUACUGCAGGAAGUAGAGAAACCAUUCUAUGAAAUAUGUAGUUCUGCUGCGAAAGAAGAUUCUCCUAGGGAUCCAACACAGAUUACCAACAAUAAAAAGAUUUCCACCACGAGAUCAGGUUAUGAAGCAACGAGUACAAAUACACCAUCUUCCAGCGAUGAACAGCACAACUCACCGUAACGUCUCCCUUCUCCUCCACAGCACAACUCACUGUAACGUCUCCCUUCUCCUCUGUUUCUGGGAAGUUAGGAAUUCCAAGAAAGGUGGAAAGUUUAUGGGGAUCGAUAUAGUUCUGGUAGAUGAGAAGGAUGCGGUCUAUGAUGAUCCAGUGAUUGAUUAGCGUCCACCGCGUUGAACACGUUCCAACGCGAGAGGGAGGUAGUGAUGAGCUGAGUUCAUUUGAUGUGACAGAGAGCAAUCAGUACUCUCAGAGAGCCAGAAAAUCAUGGCAAGCUCAAGCUCGGCUCUUAUGAGGGUACUAUGUUUCUUGAUUAGUUAGACGGACUUAGCUGAAGCUAUAGGUGCUUUUUGUUUUGCACUUCUGUUGUGCAGAUUAGUUAGACGGACUUAGCUGAAGCUAUAGGAGCUUCCCUCCUUCAGUCAAUAAGUGAUUACAUAUCUGACUUUGAUAUCGUUAUGAUCGCUUAUAACCGAGAGACUAAAGCCGGUGCAUGUCGAAGGAUUACCAAGCACAGUGAUUUCGAGUAUUGCCCAACUCCAAUGGAACAUGGUAGUUUCAUCUUGAAGUAUUUGCUCUUCUCUCUCAGUUUCCUUAGCCAGUUAGUACAAAUGAUUAUCAUCAUGGUCAUAGACAUGUCUGGUGAAUCUAAGCCAUCCGGUAUUUCUGGAGGGGUUUCCUCGAGUCCAAAAUUCGAAUCAAAGAUUCAUGAAUUCAUAGAAAAGGUUCCAGCACAUGGUUGAUGCUUGUGGUGUGAACAAAUCACUGAAGAAUGUGGCUUUAAAGAAGGUGAUAACGUGAUCAUAGAAUAGCUGGAGUUGGUGUGGCAUGACUCAACCAAUGGCUCGAUCAAGACUAUGACACUCAGAUAGAUGGCCUCAAUGGAAAUGAACCAUCUUAGUUCUCUUGUGGAGUGUUUCUUAUAUCGACCCUAAAAGUGAAUCAGGUGUCUUUUCCAGUCAAUGAUUACCCAACAAGUUUCAGAUCACUGAAUCAAUUUCUAUAUAUGUUUUUCGUAC